AUGAGGAGAGUUCUCACAAAUCCAAAUACUAACAAUAUAGCUGAGAUUUACUUCUGCAUGUACAAUUUUAUAAUGAGGAGGAAUGUGAGAGCAUAAACACAAUAAAAAGUAGUUUUGAAUGUUAUAGACAGAUAAACACACAUGCAUUAACAAUUGAUAAUUAAAAAAAUACUUGAUUAAAUACGAAUGAACAAUCAUUCCAAGCCUAUUAAAGAAACUACAGUAAAGUUGUAUAAUUUUUUUAUAUUUAUCACUCUUAUAUUCUUUUUAUCUUUUGGUUUUUUUUUCCACAAUUGCACAAAAGUUGCUCUCUUUCUGUCUCUCAGUCUGUCUAUCUCUCUGCCACAACAAAUAAACAAAUAAAUAAUAAAAAGAAAUUUAAGAUGCAGUGAAGAAUAAAAUUAUACAGAAAAUCCAAAUAAAGAUUAAGCUUUGCUUGUAAUAGAAAAACUUGGAGUGCAAUAAGAAAAUCGUGUUUUAAGAUUAAAACGAGUAUUCUAAGAGGCAGAUUGUGCCUUUUGAAAAUAGAUUCAGCUAGAAAUUAGUGCUGUCUCUUUGCCUGAUGCAUUAAAAAAUUUUGAAAUAGAUAGAUUUGCACUUAUUCUUUCUAGUUAAAAUAUAAAAUCACAUAACGAAACAUUGAUUACUCCUUACACUUUUUUAUUUUAUUUUUCAAACAUCUAAAUCUUUUUACUCCUCUUUGAAUGAUACUUUCUUUAAGCUCUAUAUUUGAACAGCCCCAAAUACUCACUUAAACCUGCAGCUCGUAUUUGCUUAAGUGAAAAUUUGCAAAAAAACAUUGCUUAAUAAGAUUAUAAAUUUAAAAGAUUACAUUUAUUUCGCUUUAAGUUUUUGGAAUAAUUACCACCACUCUUUUUUCUCAGAAACUCUGUAUUCUGUAAAAAGUAAGCUCUUCUUCACCACACAAAUCAUCCCUUUACUAACUCAUUAUUCUAUUUGAGCCAUCUCUUUCCGAUUUAUAAAUAGCCAUUGCAAAGAUUUUCCUCUUCAUUUUUUGCUUAAGUUAUUCACCCUUCAUCGAAUACAUUUAUUUUGAAUUGGCCUAUCACUGCUGUUUCAUUCUAAAUCUAUUUCCUAUUAUUACUGCUCGAUGUAUUACAUAACGCUUAGUAUCGCUAUAAGGUGUCAUAUAACCAAAUAUUUAUUUAAAUUUUAUUUGAUAAGACGACUUCACUGACGAAGUAAUUUUUAUAAGGUGAAUAAUAUAUUUUUUUAACCUAGAAUGCAGCACGGUUACUAGAUAAUAAAUAGAAUAAAAUCUCUCUAGAUUUUUAGAUAGUCAAUUGAUCCUAUGAAGUACUCCC